AUGGCCUUUCUGCAAUCCCAAGAUGAAGAGAUAACAGACCACAAGGUGCCAUUGGAGAAAACGUCGAGUCAUGAUGGAAGUCUUCCAACUCGUCAAGCCUUGAUUGACGCACUCCAGAGGGAGAAGCCCUCACCGUGGUCGCAUAAUCUGAGGGAGUUAUAUGUCUUUUGUGUGAUUGCUUUUCUGUGUUCGACAAUGAAUGGUUACGAUGGCGCUAUCUUCGGAUCCUUGCCAGCUCUAGACUCCUUCAGGAACCAAUUCGGCAUCGAGAAAAGCGGCGCAAAAAUUGGCUACAUUUCGGCGAUGUACACCGUUGGAGCAAUCUGCUCAUUACCAUUCAGUGGACCAGCCUGCGACAUCCGUGGCAGGAAAUGGGGCACUUUCAUCGGCUGUGUGAUCGUUGUCGCUUGCACAUUUGUAUCUGCCCUGUCGCACGGAGUGCCACAAUUCGUUGCCGGUCGUUUCUUCCUCGGUUUCGGAGUCAACAUUAUUCGAUCGACCAGCUCAAUCUGGUGUGCGGAAGUCUGUCCACCCGCAUACCGUGGAAUCAUCAUGGCCUUUUAUAACUGCACUUACGCAGUUGGGUCGCUCGUCGCCGCUGGCGUCACUAGAGGAUCUGCCGGCUACGAAGGCAACAAAUCAUGGCAGAUUCCGCUGUGGUGCCAGAUGAUAUGUCCAGGGAUCGUGCUUCUAACAGUUCUUUUCUUUCCCGAAUCUCCCCGCUGGCUCUUUUCACACGGUCAGGAGGAGAAAGCAAAGGAAUUUCUGGCAUACUACCACGGCGAAGGAAACCCCGACCACCCGCUUGUCCAAUUACAGCUGCAGGAAUACAGAGAAUUCAUCUCGCUUUCCGGCUCCGACAAGCGCUGGUGGGAUUUUAGCGACUUCUACAAGAACAGCGCGGGGAGAUGGCGGUUCUCCAAUGCCUUGAUCACAGGGAUCUGGGGCCAAUGCUCUGGCAAUGCAGUCGUCACUUAUUACCUGCCCGCGAUGCUGGUUACCACGGGAAUCACCGGUUCGGAACAAGUGCUAAAUGUCAAUCUCGGUUACACCAUCGUCUCGACGGUGGCUUCAUACUUGGGCGCAAGCCAGAUUGAGAGAAUGGGCCGUCGCCCGACAAUCAUCUGGACCGCUGUCGCGUGCUCGAUCUGUUUCGCAUGCAUCACGAUCGGCUCGGGCAUUUUCGCACACACCCAAGCAACACCCGCUGCGUCUGCUGGAAUUGCAUUCAUAUUCAUCUUUGGAUUCUGCUAUAACUUCGGUAUGACGCCGCUGCAGGCGUUGUACCCUGUUGAGGCUCUUUCCUAUGAGACUCGGGGCAAAGGUGUUGGCCUUACUUUCUCUAUUGCGCACGGGUUCACGCUCAUCAAUCAGUUUUGUUUCCCGAUUGCGCUUGCAAAAAUUGGCUGGUAUACUUACAUCGUAUUUAUUGUUUGGGAUCUGUUUGAAGCGACUGUUAGUUAUUUUGUUUCUGUGGAGACUAAGAACCACACCUUGGAGGAGAUAUCGGAGAUUUUUGAGAGUCCGAAUCCGGUCAAGGCUUCGUUGAGGAAGCCGUUGUCUUGA